GGUCGUUCCUCAUGCAGUGGCCAUAUUUGUUGAUGUGUCAUAUCAAAGUGUCUUGUUGGGGCUAUCAGCUGGUUAGCCAGCGAGCCAGCCCGAAGUUCGCCUUUACUCCGAUCGCCUCCGCAUUAAACUGCACCAUGGGUCACUCGCGCUCGAUUUAACCUAAGGAGGGACCAUGGAACAGCCUGGUCCUGCUUUGGAUGCACACAUCAUGGAAGGAUUAGAGGCUGAAUCUGUGUGUGAGGGAUCUCCUCUUGUGUACCAGCUCAACAACAACAACAGCACAGGCAACAUGGAAGAUGAGGAACAAAUAAAUCACAAUAACCGAGAUGAGGCAGAAAAGUGUCAUCGGGCAAAAGAUGAAGCACAGCUUGAAAGAGAAUUAAUCAACAGUACUGCAGAUGUUGAAACUGACACAAAAACUCAGCCGGAGGCUCAAACAUGCAGUUUUGAACAGGUGGAGGGGAGUGAGAUGUCUGCUGAUACCGGCUGUCACAGCAGUACAGUUUCCAUGGAAGACGAAACGUCUUCAUUUUCAAAUGAAGCUCGCGGAGCUUUGGUAACUAUAGACACCUAUUUAGAUGAAAAGUCUCCUUCUGUUCUUGAAGGCACAGUAGAAACCUUAUUGACUUGUGAAGAAGCAAACAUUCCUCGUGCCACAACUCCAAACUGCGCUGAGCAGCCGUCAGUCAUGGUUACAAAUUGUUCCACCGAGCCAUUGCCUUCUGAUGCUGAUGAUGGCUCAGCUGAGAGUCCUACAUUCUCUUCCGUCCAAAGCACUUCCAAAAGCUCCCCCACAGACACCACAUCCACGUCUGGGAUCUCAAACGGCCCCUCAACCCCUAGUUCUGACACAGUCAGCUCCUCACUUGCCUCCAGUCCGCAAAGCAGUGCCAACACCUCAGCCCCCACACAUUCCACGUCGAGCCCGUAUGACACCGAUUGUAGCCGCAGACUCAUCUCCCAGAUCCAGCGCUCUCUGUCACAGGAGUCACUGCUGGAUGAGCUGGAGUCAGAGCUUUUGGGUUGUCGGCUGCCUGAUGGUGAAAGUGGAAGCGAGAGACGAGGGAGCCCACCUGUCAACGGGCUCCCCACAGACCAGGAGGGCUGCAUGGUGGUCUUUGAGAAGUGUGCCCAGUACAAGUAUGCACAACAGGAGAAAGCUAUUCGGAGGUUGCUUGAGGACAACAAAAGACACCAGGAGCUGAUCCUGGGUAUCUGUUCAGAGAAGGACAACAUGAAGGAAGAGCUGAAAAAGAGGGCAGAGACAGAAAAGCAACACAUGGCCACCAUUAAAAAGUUGGAGGGAAGGGUGGAGGAGCUGCUGAUUGAACUGAAGGAGUCGCGGGACAAACUCAUUCACCAGGACCAGGCUGCUAAGGCUGCCCUCCAGCACAUGCAGAAGGAAAUGACCUACCGACUAGAACAGGCGAACAAGAAAUGUGACGAGGCACGCCAAGAGAAGGAGACCAUGGUGAUGAAAUAUGUGCGGGGGGAGAAGGAGGCCCUUGACUUGAGACGGGAUAAGGAGGGUCUGGAGAAGAGGCUGAGGGAAGCCACCAAGGAGGUCGACCGUCAGGCGCUCCGAGGAAACCAACUGGCUCAGGAGAAAGGCCGUCUGCAGCAGCUGUAUGAUGCAAAGGAAGGCGAGGUUAGCAGGGUGACUCGAGAAGUGGAAAAGUUGAAGGAGGAGAUCAACUCGCAUCUUAUCAAGGUCAAAUGGGCCCAGAAUAAACUAAAGAGUGAGGCGGAUGCACACAAGGAAACUAAAGACAAACUGAGAGAGACCACAUCCAAAUUGGCCCAGGCCAAAGAAGAGACCGAACAGAUCCGUAAGAACUGCCAGGACAUGAUCCGAACCUACCAGGAAUCGGAAGAGCUCAAGUCCAACGAACUGGACGCCAAACUGAGAGCGACCAAGGGAGAGCUCGAGAAACACAAGCAGGAACAAACAGACCAAUUAGAGGUACACCGAGUGAAGGCUAAAGAGCUGGACGACCUGAAGAGGAGUUACAAAGAAGGCAUGGAUGAGCUCACUACUUUACGCACCAAGUUAAAGUGUUUGGAGGAUGAGCGGCCACGCUGGGAGGACGAGCUGACCAAGUACAGGGAGAUCAUCAACAGGCAGAAAGCUGAGAUCCGCCGCCAGAGAGAAAAAAUGGAAGAGAUCACCUGUCUCGAGGAGCAGCAUCAACGAGACCAGCAGGAGAUCACGUCUCUGCGUGAGGAAGUGGACAGCUUUACCAACCAGAUGACUGACCUUCAGCACGACGUGCAGGGCAGCAGGGAGCGCGAGGCCGAGCUACUGGGCUUCACGGAGAAGCUGAGCAGCAAGAACGCCCAGCUCCAGUCGGAGAGCAACGCGCUGCAGUCUCAGCUGGAUCAGCUCACCUGCAGCUUCACAGAUCUCCAAGCACAGCUGGAGGAGACCAACAGGCUACUGGACGACAAGUCGCGGCAGCUGAAACGGGAAGAGGUGCUGAGGCAGCAGGAGGUGCAGGGCCUGCAGGAGGAGCGGACGGCACUGCAGACGGAGGCGGCCCAACUGAAAACCAGAGUGGAAGAGCUAAGAGACGAGCUGGUGACCCAGAAAAGGAAACAGGCUGCCAACAUAAAGGACCUGACAAAACAACUAACACAAGCCCGUAAGAGACUGGAGCAUGUUGAGAAUGGAGGCUGCGACCGGGAUGUCAGCAGUAUGGGCAGUCGCUCGAGUUCCUCAGGUACUGCUCCUGGAUUUGGCUCUUUGAACGCACGUCACGGCGGGUGCAGUGGUGUUGACGAGCGGUCGCCGGAGAGCCAGUCGGGUCCUUCAGUCAUGGUCGUGGACAGCUACCCAGAGGUGGACAAGACUGUGCUGGUGGAGCGCAUUGUACGCCUGCAGAAGGCCCUGGCUCGCAAGCAGGAGAAAAUUGAGUUCAUGGAAGAUCACAUCAAGCAACUGGUGGAAGAGAUCCGCAAAAAGACCAAAAUUAUCCAGAGCUACGUGCUAAGAGAGGAGUCCGGGGCCCUUUCGUCGGAGGCUUCAGAUAUGAACAAGGCCCAACUGAGCCGGCGGGGAGGCAUCAUGGCUUCGCUUUACUCCUCCCACCCUGCGGACAGCGGGCUGACCCUGGAUCUGUCGCUGGAGAUCAACAGGAAGCUGCAGGCCGUGUUGGAGGACACACUGCUGAAGAACAUCACUCUGAAGGAGAAUCUACAGACACUCGGGGCGGAGAUCGAGAGGCUCAUAAAACAGCGGCGAGAUCCCGAGGACGCAGUCGGGAGGAAGUGACACGACCAGGCUGCUAGAAAGAGAGAAAAUGAAACGGCUACUCGAGGAAUCGCCUACACACCGUUUUUUUGAAGGGAAAGCAAAAAAAAUGAGAUGUAUACACGCACUCAUUUGUCCAACAUACGAAGGAGCAAAAUUGAAUGUCGUGAUGUGCCAGUAGCACCUCGGGGUGCUUUUCGGAGGACCGCUUUUUUCCUUAGUUUUUUUCGUCCGUCUCGUGUCUGAAACUUACUUGAACUCCUCUCCAUCUAUAUGGUUCCACCUCCAUUUCCUCCUCCAACACAACAGAUCUUCCUCCGAUGGCGAUCGUCUGUCUCCCCCUGAGCCGUGCCAAGAUGAAAACUAUCCUAGGGGACCGUUUCCUCAAGUGUAAAAACGCUGACUUGUCUGUUAAACUGUAAACUGACCGAAGAUGCCAUAAUCAUGAAUGUAGAGCAAACAUUUAGCUGGGAAGUAGUCACAAAAACAACAAAUACAAGUGAUUUGCCAAUGAAUUUGUCCUAAAGAAAAGAAAAGAGUCCCCUGGUGCAUUCUCUCCUCACAGCGAAUCACAGCUGUGUCCUUCGAACAGUUAAGUAAAGGAAGAUGAGAUGAUCGCACGCGUCUCUCCCGGUGCCAAUAAGCCAAAUGUAUUUUACCAAGAGCCUGCUUCUUCAGCUUAACGACGCAGGAAAAGUGGGAAAACGGAUGUUCCUGGCUUGCGGGGAACCUCAGGUGGCACCGUUUUCUCCAUCUUCUCUCGCUCUGCACAAACAGCGUGUGGACCAAGCUGGUGAGGCCAGGUUCCAGCAGACGGGCUCGUCUGCACGACACCGGUGCUGGACACGAGGACGGAGACUGUAGCUCAGUUGUGGGGAAUCCUACUCUUAAUGUGUGUAAAAAAAAAGAAAAAAAGAAAGACAAAUACCAUGCUAAGAUAAGAAGUUUGGCCAUUUUGAAUGUGAUUUUUCUUCUUUCAUAUUUAUUUCCAUUUUUGCUGUCUCCAAAUUUCUAUUUCCUCGUCUGAUGGUUUUCAGUCUUAUUCCUCUUUCUAAAUCAUCUGAUCAACUGAGACUUUAUGUAGGAAUACCUUUCAGCGUUUUUGACUUUCACACAAAGAUGUUUCUGCUUCAGCUUCGCCUGGUGGUUUGUUACCGUCAUCAGCGCUCCUCGUUUCAAACAGCGGCCACACAGAUGCUAGUGGCUGAUAGAAACCUUUUAUGGCAGCACGUGUCUGAUAUGAUCUCGUCGCGGGGGGGGGGAGAGAAAAAAAAAAGUUCUGUAGAAACAAAGAUCUGUAGCCGUAGCUCAGGAAAAGCUCAUGGAACCUAUAGAAAGCCAGGGCGGAGUGCAAUCACGUUCCCUUCGUCGAUUUCUUUUUUUGUUCUGAGUGUGUCGGCGUGGCAGUUCACUGUUUGUCUGUUUUGAGCGUGUGUGUGUGAGAUGCAUGUGCCUUUUUAAAACCCGUUCUGUUUGUUUCAGUCGUCAGGGAUUAUAGAUUGUCCAUGAAGUUUGUUCCUUCCGCAGAGGUAAACUCCCAUUUUUUUUUUUUUGCAUUUUGCCCAGCGCCUCGUCAGCCGCACAAACACAAACCUGCAGCCCGGUCGCUCGCAACUGAUGCGCAACAAAGCUUCUUCUUCUCGUUCACCGCUGUUUAGUUUAUCGUUCAAACACGUAGGAGGAAGGGUACUUGCCGGGCACCUAGCUCCAUCCGACAAUACUAACGGUUCCCGUGCGUCUUAAUUUGAUC